GGCGCUGGAAUGCAGGGGAGUUGGUCUGGGAGCUCUGGCGACCUCCAGCCGCUGUGAUGGGUGCAGGGUGAGGGUGCAGCUGGAGGAGGCACCGUGUCUGCUGUGGCCAAGGGAGGGUUCCCUGCCCCGUCAGAUGGGCAGAGGGAGGCUGCGGAGGCUGCGGCCCGGCUCUGAGCUGCCCGAGGUCUAGACCAGCUGCGCUGGGCCAGACAUGGCCCAGCCGCCGGCCUUUGUCCUCAGUGUCCCCGAGACUCCAGAGGAUCAGGGCCUGCAGGAGCCCAGCCCCUACGACGAGAACGAGGUGCACGACUCCUUCCACCAGCUCAUCCAGGAGCAGAGCCAGCACGCGGCCGGGGAGUGGCUGGAGCUGCGGCCGAGGGAGCCAGGGGCCGGUACCCUGCGGGACUCAGGCAGUGACCAGGAGCCCCUCCUGCGGCCCGAGGAUGCCCCUCACCACAGCACGGCCACACUCCGCAUCCUGGCGUGCAUGCCCAGCCGCACCAUCGGCCGCAGCCGGGGCGCCAUCAUCUCCCAGUACUACAGCCGCACCGUGAAGAUGCGCAGGGCCAGCCGGCCCCAGCUCAGAGACGUGGGGCGCUCGGCCCGGCCCAGCCUCCGCAUGUACGACCUGGAGCUGGACCCCAUGACCCACGAGGAGGAGGAGAAGCGGCGGCUCCUGGUGAAGGAGCUCCGGGGCCUGACGGAGGGCCAGCGCGAGCACAUGCUCCGGGGCAUGCCCCUGAGCCUGGCCGAGAAGCGCCGCCUGAGGGAGGACAGCGGGACCCAGAGCGGGAAGCAGGGGGCCCGGCCGGACCGCCGUGGGCGUCCCGCCUGCUGGAGCCGGCUCCGAUUUGCCUGCAUCCUGGGCCUGCACAGCCUGGGGCUGGCGCUGCUGUCGGGGCUGCACGCCCUGGCCCCGUGGCGCUACGCCCUGAAGCGGAUCGGGGCCCAGUUCGGCUCCAGCGUGCUCUCCUACUUCAUCUUCCUCAAGACGCUGCUGGCCUUCAACGCCCUCCUGCUGCUGCCGCUGCUGGCCUUCAUCGUGGGCGUGCAGGCCGCCUUCCCGCCGGCGCCCCGGGGCCCCCACCCCGCCUUCACGGGCCUGGAGCUCCUCACGGGCGGGGGCCGCUUCACCCACACCCUCAUGUACUACGGCUACUACAGCAACGCCACGCUCAACCAGCCCUGCGCCGCGCCCCCGCCCGGCGGCCAGUGCGCCCCCGCGGCUGGGGGUCUGCCCUACAACAUGCCCCUGGCCUACCUCUUCACCGUGGGCACAGCCUUCUUCGUCACCUGCAUCACCCUGGUGUACAGCAUGUCCCACUCCUUCGGGGAGAGCUACCGGGUCGGCAGCACCCUCGGGGUCCACGCCAUCACCGUGUUCUGCUCCUGGGACUACAAGGUGACUCAGAAGUGGGCCUCCCGCCUCCAGCAGGACAACAUUCGAACCCACCUGAAGGAGCUGCUGGCCACGUGGCAGCUGCGCCAGGGCCACCGGAGCCGGUGGGGGAGGCUGCGGCAGGUGGCUGUGCUGGGGCUCGUGUGGCUGCUGUGCCUGGGGACCACGCUGGGCUGCACCAUGGCUGUCUACACCUUCUCCGAGUCCAUGAUUGAGAGCCCGGUGUCUGCUGAGCAGGACCUGCUGGCUCUGCCCCUGGUGGUCUGCCUCUUCAACCUGGGGGCCCCCUACCUGUACCGUGUCCUGGCUGUCCUGGAGCGGCACGACUCCCCGGGGCUGGAGGUGUACGUGGCCAUCUGCAGGAACCUCAUCCUCAAGAUGGUCAUCCUGGGGAUCCUUUGCUACCACUGGCUGGGCCGCAGGGUGGCCACCCUGAAGGACCAGUGCUGGGAGGACUUUGUGGGCCAGGAGCUGUACCGGCUCAUGGUGAUGGACUUCAUCUUCACGCUGCUGGACACGCUGUUUGGGGAACUCGUGUGGAGGCUCAUCGCCGAGAAGAAGCAUAAGACAGAGGGGAAGCCGGAGUUUGACAUUGCCCGGAAUGUGCUGGAGCUGAUUUACGGGCAGACCCUGGCCUGGCUGGGGGUCCUCUUUUCGCCCCUCCUGCCUGCCUUGCAGAUCAUCAAGCUGCUGCUCCUCUUCUACAUCAAGAGGACCAGCCUCAUGGCCAACUGCCGGGCGCCCCGAAGGCCCUGGCUGGCGUCGCACAUGAGCACCGUCUUCAUCUCCCUGCUCUGCUUCCCCUCCUUCCUGGGGGCCGCCAUCUUCCUGUGCUACGCCGUCUGGCAGGUGAAGCCGUCUGACACGUGCGGCCCCUUCCGGAGCCUGGACACCAUGUACGAGGCGGGCAGGGCGUGGGUGCGCCAGCUGGAGCAGGCGGGCCCCGGCGUGUCCUGGCUGCCCUGGAUCCACCGGCACCUGGUGGAAAGCACCUUCCCCACCUACCUGGUGUCGGCCCUGCUCAUGGCCGUGAUCUACCUCAACAUCCAGGUGGUGAAGGGCCAGCGGACGGUCAUCUCCAUUCUCAAGGAGCAGAUCAGCAACGAGGGGGAGGACAAGAUCUUCUUGAUCAACCAGCUCCACGCCGUCUGCCAGCGGAAGGAGAGGGCCAGGGCUGGUAGGACCCAGGCCACGGAGGCCCCCCAGGACCAGCUCACAGAUGACAGUGGCGCCAGGUAGGACGGCGGCCCGGCGUCCGCUCAGCAUGCCCGCGGCCCUGCGCCCCGCCCCUGUCGGCAGACACUGGCCUGAGGCACGCUGGCCUGCCCGGGGGACCCCCCAGUGACCUGCCUGGGACACGGAGGCGGUGACAGGACUCCGCAGCCCAUUCAAGCGGCCGCCAGAGAAUGGACCAGGCGGGUGCCCGGGGGUGCCACCCUGUGCGGAACUUAUUUAUUCAGAUUAAAUGUGUUUUGCAGAAUGGGCUCGUCUCCGGGGAGCCUGUGCCCCAGCCCUCCUGGGGACCCCGAGCUCCUGCACUUGCCUCCCUU